AUGUCAACAGUAAAUAAAAAUGGAUAAUAAGGUUAAAAUGAAAUCACAAUUUAAAGAAGAAAAAAUGAAACUAAUUUGAGAGUGACUCUAUAAUAUUACUCUAAAUAUGGAAAAAUUAUAGAUGAUCAUUAUUUAGAAUAGAUUGCUCCAGGUUUAGCAAGUUUGGAAUUCAUGAAACGUAAUUGUCCUGAAAGAACAAAGCUGGAAGAUUUUUGUAUACAAUCAGGACAAUAUUUUGAAUUUGAACAGUAUAAAUAGGGAGACAUCAUAUUUAAUUAUGGAGACAUAGGUGAUAGGGUUUACAUAAUUUUAAAAGGAGAAGUUGCAGUACUUGUACCAAGAUCUGAGAAUGAAAUAGUAACAGAAAGAGAAGAGAUAAGUUAAACAAAAUAACCUUUUGAUUUUGAAAUGUUUUGGAGAAACAAGAAAUCUUUAAAAUAAAUGUAAAUAGAAGUAUUGUUAGCAUAGUUAAAUUCAAAUUUUUAUUUCAAGGAUAAUAUUUGUAUGUUUAAGAAAGUGUUUUAAUUUCAUUCUGGAUAAUCAUUUGGAGAUGUGGCAUUAAUUUCAGAUAAACCAAGAACUGCAAGUAUUUUAGUCACAUCUGAUCAAAUUUAUUUAAUUAGUAUGUGUAAAAAGGAUUUUAAGAACUUAUGUGAGAAAUCAGUUUUGGAAAUGAAUUAGACUCUAGAUUAUUUUGUUACAUUAUUUCCUCAUAUUGGCAAAAUGUAGAUAGCUAAAUUCAUACAAUUUUUUCAUAAAACUGAUUUCCCUCCUUAAUAGUGGUUAUGGAGAGAAGGUGAAUAAGUUAAAUUUUGUCUAUUAAUUAUGAAAGGAAGAGUUGAAAUUAAAUAAUAAUAAUUGCCUUUAUAUUAGGUCUCUGACAAUUCCUUUAUAGGACAUGAAGAGAUAUUAGAAGGCUUAACUAUAAGACAAUAUGGGUGCAAGACAUUAGACAAUACAAUAGCUUAUUAUAUGGAAUUUGAAGAUUUUAAUAUUGCAACUAAAAAUGCUCCAGAUAUUGUUAAAGUAUUAGUAGAAAAGGGAAAGUUAAUGAAUUUUUAUCUUGAGAAAAGAAAAGAGGAAGUGAAGAAAGGAUAGAUUAAUGUGGAACCACUUUGCUUAUCUGUUGAAAGAAGAUUGGUUAAAGAUAUGUUUGUAAUUAAGUCUCCUCGAAAUAAUGAAGUUAGAUCUAAUCAACCUAAAUGUUUAAGUUAUUUUGACAUAACAAAGUUUAAUAAAUAGAAGGCUAGACCUAAUCCUACUAAUUAAUAAUAAAAUAUUUCAGAAGAUUUAUAUUUCUCUAAAGAGAAGAUUAUUAAAACAACUCGAUCUCCUUCUUAUUAUACUUAAAAAGUUUCACCUAUAAAUAUAUAGAUGAAAGAGAUUUUAAUGAAGAAGUUUAAAUUGAAUUAUAAAUUUAAUGCUAUAAAGUCUCUUAAAAUUACUACUUGUAAAUCUAUACAUGAUUUUAGUAAUAAGAGUCGAUUUAAAACAGAUGCAAGUAUUGAUAAUUGA